CAGAACAUAAACAUCUCGACAAGAACUCUCUCUCUUCUGUUCUUAUUCUUUAAGAAACCUUUUUCUUUGUGUUUUCCUUUUGGUUAAAGACUGAAAGAGCAAAUCAGAAACCAAACAUAGUUGACAAUAGAAGAAAAUAAUGAAUAUUCACGAUGGUAAGCUGAUUUCGACAACAGAAGAUGAAGGUGGUGUUGUUGGAGUUUCAGGAUCCUCGGCUAAAGUUUGUUCAUCUUCACCUUCCAUCUCUACGUGUUCAUCUGAAUUUACAGAGGAUGCUUCCUGUUCAAAUGGGCCUUUUGACGAUCUAUCAGACCUCAUCUCUCAGCUCCCUAUCAUCCACGUCAAGAAAGGACUUUCAAAGUAUUAUAAAGGCAAAUCUCAGUCAUUCACAUCUCUAGCAAACGUCACAAGCCUGAAGGAUCUCGUGAAAAGAGGAUCAAAUAUGAAGUCAUCCUGCAAAAGGGAUUAUUUGUAUGGACCAAAGUCCACAAUCUCCAUGAAAGCCACAAGAACAUCCUCAGGCCAUUCCAAUUCAAGAUUAACUUUAAAAUCAUUUCAUAAUUCAACAAAAUCAGUUCAAUGACAUGACAAAACAACCUUCUGGGUUCA